AGUCCCCAGACAACCAGGGCUAGCAAGAGGCCAGAGGCGGCCCUGGUGCCGGACCAGGCGCUGCCCUGGAGGGUAGUGCCAGGGAGGAUGGGACGGGGUGAAGACCACCACAGCCGUCAACGUACCGGAAACCAUUCCCGGCCUACGCGGUGCUGGUCCCCGGACAACCAGGGCCAGCAAGAGGCCAGAGGCGGCCCUGGUGCCGGACCAGCGGUGCCUCCUGAGGGGCGGGCUGUUGUGGGGUGCUCCCUCCUCCGACCAUGUUGUUGAAGCAUGGGCGCGGGGGCGAGUUACCCGUGGCGGCCUGCCCCUUCUGGGGGCACUGCGGACCGGGCGCUAUCCUGGAGGGUGGUACCAGGGAGGAUGUGACGGGGUGAAGAUCGCCGCCAACGUGCCGGGUGUGACUGUGGGUGCGCGGCGGUGUUGCGGGUUUGCCUACCCAAUUCGCCCGUAAGGCGCCAUGGCCCCUGCAGCCCUGGCGGGUAUGCGGUCCCGCGGCGCUGCUGCGCGUUCGCAGUUCCACCCGGUGCCUUCGAGUGCCAUGGAAGCCCGGCUGUACUCCCUUUACCUUCGGCAUCGACUCUUUCUUCGAGCCUCCUGCGCACCUCCCCUCUCUCUUCCGGUUCCUCUCCUCUCUGUUCUGUCUGUACCCGUGGCAUCUGCCCCUUGUUCCUCUUGCCUCUCUCACCUAUCGAGCACCUUUGCCUCCGUGCCGCUUUCGGCCCUUGCCUUAGUGCCCCGCCUCCCUCCUCCCUUUCCUGCUUCCUGUUGCCUCCCUGCCUCCCUUCUCUGCCCGCCUGGCCUCUCAGCCCUCUCUUUACCCUUCUUGCCUAAUUUGCUUUGCCUGCUUAUUAUUAAUAAUUGCGCAUGUUAACUACUUUACUGCACUGCCCUGUACUACGUAUCGUCCGACCCUUGACUCUGGCCCUAGGUCCCCGUGCGCAGAGCGCGGGGGCAGCCCCCCUCCCGAAGUGAGUGACUUCCACGACUUCUAAGCUGUAGUCCAGGGCCCGGCGUUGCUGGGCUUGGGGGGGCGGCCGUCCCGCCUUAUACCUUUCUCUUAUAGGUUUGACCCGGUGGUUGCCGACGCCCACGGCGUACGCUUAAUUGCGUAGCUCGAAUAAUAUGGGAUUGAGUCGAGGGACUCUGCCACCUUGGCACAUUGGCGUGUGUCUGGGUCCUCUAUUGAUUGAUUGAUUGAUUGAUUUUAUGUAAUAUUACUGUCAUUAAAUAAAUUGGUUUUCAUUCCAUUCUCAGGGUAUGGAGUACUUGGGGCAGAAAAAUAUUGUCCACAGAGAUUUAGCUGCUCGCAAUAUCCUUGUGGUUGAUGAAUUCAAUGUUAAGAUAUCAGAUUUUGGUUUGGCCCAAGUUAUGGGCCAAAAUGAUUACUACAUAAUUAGGUCCAACCGAGAACUUCCUAUUCCAUGGUAUGCUCCAGAGAGCUUACGCGAUGGAAAAUUUUCUCCUCGCUCAGAUGUGUGGUCAUAUGGAGUCACACUUUUUGAAAUGUUUUCCCUUGGAGAAGAGCCACGACUUGCUGCAUGUACAAACGAACAAGACCAUCAUGAACUUCUUCGGGUAUUAGAAAGAGGGGAUCGAUUACCUUGUCCUCCAAACUGCCCUCAGCAUGUAUAUGUUGAUUUAAUGUCUCCUUGUUGGAGUUCAGAAUCAAGAGAUCGCCCUUCUUUUAGUGAUAUUUGUGAUGUGAUAAAAUCUAUUGCAACUAUAUUUUAGGCUGCAAUUAAAAAAAAAAUUAAAACUGUGAUUUAGUUUUUUAGACAAAUAUUAUUUGUGUCAGCAGUUAUUGAAGGUACACAUUUUAGCCAUUAAAGGAAUUGGUUUUCUUAGUUACCAAAUUUGUGCUCUUCAGUACUGUUAAUUUCUUAAACAAUUUUACGCAGUAUUUAUGUUAUUUUAUGCUGUUCAAAGUUAGCAGUACAAUUGACGUACUUAAACUUUUUAAUUUUCUUUUUGUCUCUACCGUCGGUGCAACUUGUAAUUUGUGUUUCUCUAUCGCUCGUCGUCUUAAACUUCCGACAACUGUUUGAUAUUCAGUUCUUCAUGAAAUUCAAUAUCAGGACACUCAAAUAAAAUCAACUAAAAUGUA